UCUUGUGUGUUACUGUCUCACUUUAGGGUUUUUUUUUAAUUUUUGUUGGUCUCUUUGUUUAGGGUGAUCUCUCAUCUUGGUUUAAUUUCUUCUUCUGUUUAUUUAUUUUAUAUCAUAUAGAGAGGCACAAAGAAAUAAAAAAAAGAGAGUUAAUAAUUAAUUAUAAAGGCAAUAUAUGGAGUCUGCAAACAUGUUUGGAUCCGAUGAGGAUUCUCGCAGCUGUGAAUCUGGAUGGACGAUGUAUUUAGCCUCCCAGUCUUGUGAUCAUGACGACGGCUGUUACUAUGAUGUUGAUGAUAAUGAUGAAGAAGAAGAAGAUAGCGACGGUGGUGAUUCAAUGGAUUCUGAUGCAUCUUCUGGUCCUAUGGAAGCCACCUCAUGUCUCAAACUUGCUCAAGAGAUUGAGGAGCAGAACUCUGCGGUAAUGAAGAAGAAGAAGAAAAAGACUAGUGAAGAGAUGGUUUUGGUGGAGGCUACUAGGGUUCACAACAACAUCAAUGAUGAUGAUGAUGAUGACGAUGAUGAUGGAGAUGAUCAUGAUUAUGAUGAUGGUAACGAUAGCUACAGUGUAGUUCAUAACUACGUUGGUUCGGUUAGGCAUAAAGGGUUAGUUUGAUUUUUAUAGAUUGAUGACUUCGUGUCUAUUUUUAUUCGAGUUAUGUUCCAAUUCCAAUGUUUAUUUUUCUUACAUGAUCUCAAAUGUUAUAAUGUCCUUGUGUCAUUACGUUUUUUUUUGUUAUAAUUAUGAAAAAUAUCUCAAUGAUUGAU